UCACUUUUUUUCUAGUUUGACAAGCUGAUUUUCUACGAAUUUGUGUGUGAAAAAAAGAGAAUUGCCCAUCGCAAAGAAAGAAAUUCAAUAUUGCAAAAAACUAUAUCCUAAAAGGAUCAUGAAACAUUAAUCUCAUAUAAGUGAAACUUUAAAUUAAUACGAAAGUAAUUUUGUGUAAAAAAUACCUGAUUUUUGGUGUUUUUUCGUGACAAAUAAUUUUUUUAAUGACUUCGUCUAAAACACGUACAACUGUUGUUGCAACUUCGUCGCCAAGAGGAGGAGAUUGUGAAACAGUGUCGAGAAGUUAUCAGGCCCAAGUUUUAGGCAUCACAAUAUUCGCUGUUGUUGGUAUUGUUGUUUUCAUAAAAUACGUGUGCACGAAAUAUUUUGCCCAAUUGGAAUUGGAGCAUCCCCAGCCGCAUCAGUACACGGAGUUUUAAUAAAAAUUUCGGUUGAUUGGUGAUUUGAUUUUUUUGCGAAACUUAACACUCUCCUCCCUUCCCCUACUACUGACGUAAUACAAAUACAGGAAAUGGCUAGCCCAAGGACAAGACGCGUUCUGCAAGAGCUUAAACCCCAAGAUGAUAAUUCGAAAUGUUUUGAAUGCGGCACCCACAAUCCCCAGUGGGUUUCCGUUACCUAUGGCAUUUGGAUAUGCCUGGAGUGUUCGGGUAAACAUCGUGGUCUCGGUGUGCAUUUAUCAUUCGUACGUUCCGUAACAAUGGACAAAUGGAAAGACAUUGAAUUGGAAAAAAUGAAAGUUGGUGGCAAUCGCAAUGCCCGUGAAUUUCUGGAAGAUCAAGAUGAUUGGAAUGAUCGUGCUCCAAUUAGUCAAAAGUAUAACUCCAAGGCGGCUGCUUUGUAUCGCGAUAAAAUUUCAACACUAGCCCAAGGCAAGACAUGGGACAUGAAUGAGGCGAAAAAACGUUUAGCUUCGUCGGGUGGUUCGUCGACCAACUCUUAUGCGGCUUCAUCAAACAUGUCCAGUUCGAGCAGUAACAAUUCACAUUCCAGAAAUAGCGGCAAUUAUCAACAGGCUUCCAGUGCUGGUUAUCAAAAUGGAGGUGGUAGUUACAACAAUGGCGAUAAUAGUUAUCAACAAUUCAAUAGCCAAGAAUUUAAGGACCAAAAGGAGGAAUUCUUUUCGCGUAAACAAAUGGAGAAUGCCACAAGACCUGACAAUCUACCUCCCAGCCAGGGUGGUAAAUAUAGUGGAUUUGGCUAUUCUCGUGAACCACCACCGAAAACCCAAUCUCAAGAGCUUAUCGAUAAUACAUUGUCAUCUUUGGCUUCGGGUUGGAGUUUAUUAUCCGCGGGAGCAUCCAAGUUUGCCAUUAUUGCAAAAGAGAAAGCAGCUGUAACUGCCAGCAUAGCAUCGUCAAAGAUUAAAGAAGGUGGUAUAUUAGAUUCUGUUACCGAUGUAGCUGCCAAGGUAACUGACAUUGGCAAACGUGGUUGGAAUAACUUAUCUGGCAGCAAUUUUGCCUCACCAACCGGCGACCAUGGCGGCUAUGGGGAUUUCAACAAUGACAAUUCCUAUCAACGUUCACAUUCUGUUGGUGGCAAUCUUUCAUCUGGCAUGGGUAACCAAUCGAAUACCAACGAUGAUUGGGGUUGGCAGGAUAGUCCGCAAAAACAAAUGCCAUCCUCAAAAUCGUAUAACAAUCAAUUCAGCAGUAAUUCUGGCGGUGCUGGCCACCAAAAUAUUUCUUCAUCCAAUCGUAAUUAUAACGACAACGAUGAUGAUUGGUCCGGCUUUGAUAGCUAUCAAGAUUCUUCGACGUCUUAUCAAAAUUCAACAACAGCAACAACGACAAGUAAAAAUAUGAAGUUGUCAACAGCAUCAACAACAACCACACAAAAGCUGAGCGAAGGUUUCGAUUGUUUGGAUGUAAAAAGUGCAAAACCCAAGCCAGCAACAUCAACCAAUAACAAAUCUGCUGAAGAUGAUGCCUGGAAUUUACUAAUGAAUUAAAGUCUCCCCAAAUGGAGUUCUUUGUAUUUUUUGUAUUGCUUAUACGUUUUGUUUUUUUGUCUUUAGUUUAACUUACUGACCAUUAUUAUUAUAUUUUUUGAUAUUAUUUUUUCGGGGACCCACACACACGAGGGAAGGGUUUUAUAAAAGAAAAAGUAAUUUCAUGAAAAGUACAUGCAUAGUGAGAGAGUCCGAGAGAGAGAGAGAGAAUUUAUCUCCUCUUUGACCAUGUACUCAUUUUUUCUUUUAUGACAUAUUUCCGUGUCUUGGUUCCCGAGGCUCUCAUUGUUUUGACUUUGUAAACGUUGUAAUGAUUGCUAGCAAAUUUUUUAUUAAAAAAGAAACCCCCUGAAUGGUUAUUUCCAAGAGUCAACACAAUUAAAGAAAUAUAUAUAUUAUGUGAAUGUAACGAACCUAAAUACAAUUAUUGAGUAUACAUGAAUGAUUACCAGAACAA